UCGAAGCAUGAGAAAGCUACUACUCGUUGUGAUUGUGUUAACUGGAAGUCCCGCGUACGCCAAGCUGUUGCCUGGGGGAGCGGAGGAAAACUGUCGGAAGAACAUCACGGCAAUCAGGCCUAGUUUGAGUCUUCUCAAAGAUAUACCGUCAGAUGCAACUCUUCUCAAGUUUUGUGAAAACAAUAUCACGGUCAUUGAUAAAAAUUCGUUCAAGAGUUUCACCGAGUUGGAGCGGUUAAUUUUAGAUAAAAAUCCGCAUUUGAGAUUUCCUUCCAAUGGCUCUACAUUUAUUCAACAAGAAACUCUGACCGACUUCCAGUGCUUCCGGUGUGGAGUAGACAAAAUCUUCAAUCGAUCGUUGAUUGGAAUGCCACGAAUGGAGCAAAUAAAUCUAACAGAGAAUAAGAUAUAUCAGAUCGAAAGCAAUGCUUUUCAGCAAAACCGAAAUUUAAGAGUCAUCAUUUUACGUUCGAAUUUGUUAAAACGCAUUCCAAGGGAAAUGCUUGUAAAUGUUAAUGAAAUUCAAACGGUGGAUUUAAGCCACAACGGAAAUCUCGCAACUGAGGACGACCAGCCAUUCUUAAUUAGUGAUGCCCUGCAAGUGUUAUUAUGUGAUGAAUGUGGUUUUGAAAUCGUGUAUGAGAAAACUUUUUCAGAGCUAUUCAAUUUGAGCAAGCUUUACUUGCGAAAGAACAAAAUCACCGAAGUGCAUGCUCGUGCAUUUCUCCAAGUGUCUCAUCGACCGAAACUAAAACAGAACCUUCAGGUUUCCCUAGAGCACAACCAACUUCAAAGCAUCGAUUUUGAAGAGAAUGUUGGUCUACAACUAUGUUUGUAUGGCAACAAAGACUUGGAGUGUUUCCUCAGAACUCUACCCGAUAAAGAUAGUUUUAUCUGUCCCAAUUCGACUCAACCGGAAAUCGAAUGUAUUGCAUCUACGACUACCACGGCUACUUCGCAACCAACAAUCAGCGAUUUCAACACUUUAUCAUCCACACCGUUUGGCUUCACCACAAACCAAGCCGGCAGCAUUGAAUUAAGGCAGAUUAUAAAUGUCCCAACCUUCAAUAAUCAACCUAGUAUUACAGUGAAACCCAACGGGCCUCCAGAAAAAGUUCAGGGCAUUUCCGAUGCUUACAUAAGUGGUUAUCUCAUCUUGUUAUACGCAGCGCAGAUGGUCGCUCUUGGUCUAUUGACCAUCGUUUGGCUCAAGUUGAAGAAGUCGGAUCCCGAGGUUGACAGAUAUGCGGAAAGCAUUGUCAACCCGAGUCCCAGUUACAGAGCCAUACAGUGAAAGAAGUGCGAUAUACUAAUGUGGAAUUCCGUAACUUUAUGCUUUAGUGAACAUAAGUGCAGCUGUGCCUCGGAUUAAUGGCAGUGUGUUCCUAGAUAAGACCAAAUUGGUUCGUUACAAAUACGAAUGAGUAAUCUCUGUUAUCGGUUUUUUAAUUCUGAUAAGCACUGGUAUUGAUACGGUAAGAAAAUACGUACGUGUACCCAUACAUUAUUGAAAAAUAAACAAACGAGACGUUUGCAACAACACUGAA